GGUUAGAUAACAUCAUACAUGAGCUGGAUCCACACUCAACGGAGAGACCCACUUUCUAAUCAGCAAGAAUAUUAAAAUACAAAAUCAUAAUAAUUAAAAUCCAAAACAAAAAAAAAACCUUCAGAGAUUGAAGCACAAAACCAUGUGCUAUAAUAUAAAUCUCAUAAACACAAACUAAUAAUUUCUUCCCCAUUUCUCCUUCUCUCUCUAAAAGUCCAAAUCUUGAGAAAAAAAAAUUAAAAAAAUUAAAAAGAAUUUCAAUUUCUGUUUGUUUCUAUUUUUGUUGAUUUUCUUGAAUUGGGUUUUCAUCUUUAUGCCCAAAAAUAGUUAAAAGGUUUGAUUUUGAUUCAUAAAAAUGAUUUCUUUGCAGUUAUAAUUGACUGUUUAUUUUUGGAAAAUUUAAUGAUUAACAAUAAUAAUAAUAAACAGAUGAUGCCCAGUUCAAGUGGUGGGUCUUGGAAAUCUGCCGGCGGCGGUGGUGGCGGCGAUGGUGGUGUCUCCGAUCAGUUUCCGGCAGGUUUAAGGGUGCUUGUGGUUGAUGAUGACCCAACUUGUCUCAUGAUCUUGGAAAAGAUGCUUAGACACUGCAACUAUGAAGUGACUAAAUGUAACAGAGCUGAAGUUGCUUUAUCAUUUUUAAGAGAAAAUAAAAAUGGAUUUGAUGUUGUUAUUAGUGAUGUUCAUAUGCCUGAUAUGGAUGGAUUCAAACUACUUGAACACAUUGGGCUUGAAAUGGAUCUUCCUGUUAUCAUGAUGUCGGCCGAUGACAGCAAGAGUGUAGUUAUGAAGGGCGUUACACACGGGGCGUGUGAUUAUCUGAUCAAACCCGUUCGUAUCGAAGCGUUACGCAACAUAUGGCAACACGUGGUUCGAAAGCGUAAACACGAGUGGAAGGAUUUCGAGCCGUCAGCAAGUGCGGAUGAGCAGAAACCGCCCGAAGAACCCGACUACUCGUCUUCCGCAAACGAAGGGAAUAAUUGGAAAAACGCGAAACGGAGGAAAGACGAGGAAGAUGAAGCGGAAGAACGGGAUGAUUCUUCUUCGUUGAAGAAGCCUCGGGUUGUUUGGUCGGUUGAACUUCAUCAACAGUUUGUCGCAGCGGUUAAUCAGCUUGGAAUCGAUAAGGCUGUCCCGAAGAAGAUCUUGGAGCUGAUGAACGUUCCUGGAUUAACGAGAGAAAACGUCGCCAGUCACCUUCAAACCUUUCUUCCUCACAACUGCAAGAAUUUGGUGCAGAAAUACCGUCUUUAUCUCAGAAGACUCAGCGGGUCUCCGCAUCCAGGUGGGAUGAACACGGGCUUUAUGGGCGGUCCGGAUUCAGGAUACGGGUCAAUGUCGUCGCUAAACGGGCUCGAUCUUCAAGCUCUCGCCGCUAGUGGUCAACUCGGUCAACUCCCUCCACAAAGUCUCGCAACUCUCCAAGCGGUGGCUCUCGGUAGGUCAAAUAACUCGAAGUCCGCUGUUUCCAUGCCCGUUACCGAUCAACGAAAUAUUUUUAGCUUUGAAAACCCGAAGUCAAGAUACUCCGAACUCCAAAGUCAACAUUUGAAUAAUAAUAAUAACGGUAAUAGUAAUAGCAAGCAAAUAAAUUUACUUCCCGGGAUUCCGACAAACAUGGAACCGAAGCAAUUCGCGAGUUUGCAUCAGUCCGGUCAGCAUUCUUUCGGGAGUAUGAACAAUCAAGUUCUGAUUCAGAUGGGUGGUCAAAGUCAAAGUCAAAGCCAAAGUCAACAUCAAGUUCAAUCGAAUACAAACGCUCAUCAUGUCUUAAGGCAGCCUGUUUUGUCCAACGAGAUGUACAAUCCUGUGGUAUCGGUAUCACAAGCGUCGUCUCUUGUGGAUUUCUCUAUGAAUCAUAAAACGGAAUCUUCCGGAAGUAGUUACCAUCUCGGGGGUAGUUUGGGAAUUCCAAAUGUUCGGGCUACAUCGUCAGCUCUCCAAGGAGACGGGAACUUGGACACCAAGGUUUCGGUACGAGGAAUUGUUCCGAGUUAUGAUGUUUUUAACGAUUUGAACCAAAACCGCAAUUGGGGUUUACAAGACGCGGGUUUGACCUUUGACCAGUCUCAUUCAAUUCCAGUAGGAUCGGAUGGCCCGUCAUCGUUGUUACUUCAACACAACCGUUCUUCGGGAUCCGAAAUGGGAGGGCAGAACCGUAGUUUAGCUAGUGGGAAGGUGAUUUUCUCCCAAGGGGUUGACACUAGAACACACCAUAACGGGUCAAACGUCGGUCAACAACAACGUAACACGUACAUCAAGACCGAAAGCCAUAACGAUGGAAGCUUUCAUAACACGUUAUAUUCCGAACAGUAUGGUCAAGAUGAUCUUCUAGCUGCAAUUCUAAAACAACAACAACAAGAAGGUGCCGGACAGCCGGAAAACGAGUUUGGAUUCGAUGCAUAUGCGUUGGAUGAUUUACCAGUGUAAGUAGGACAUGUACUCUGUGCUUCAGUUGGUGUACAUAGCUUGACUUCCAGCCGAAAAAAUCCAAGAUUUCUUGAAAUUCCGGUAGCGCGUUUUUAUUGAUGUUGUGAAUAGGUUGUGGCUGCACAUGAUUAUGACGAUAUUAAGGAUGGAACACACGAAAUGCAAAGCAUUAUUCGUGUUUAAAUUUUUUGACUGCUUUAGGUAGCGUACGAAACCCGAACCUGUAGCAACGAGCAGGCAAGUAUGAUUUCUAGGAUUGUGAAUUUGGUUUUUCUGCAGAAAUUUGAGGAUCUACUAUAAUUCUAUUUUGUGCAGUCUUGGAAUAAUACAGAGUUUGUGCUUGUUUUUAACCUUAAAUGUUGUUUGUUCCGACUUAUGGUAGUUUUCGUAAGUUUUUUUUGUCGAAUGAUGUUCGUUGAUGAA